AUGUCUCCGCCAUGUCCCGCCGUCUCAUCAGUUGUGGUUGUUGUGUGGGAGUGGCUAGACCUUGGUCGUUCGUUCAGAUCCUUCAAAUACCGUCGCCGUUCAUCUUCUUCCUCUGUUCGGUUGCAAGCGUCGCCAUCCGUUUUCACCGCCGCCGGAUCGCAUCUGCUCCAGAUCCACACUGCUCGGAGUCUCCUUUGUACGUCUGGAAAAUCAUAUGAGAAGAAGCAAUUGAAAAAUAGGCUCGAUAGCUUGAGGAAGGAUUGGAGGACAUGGGUUGAUUUAACCAAAGAGACUGGUGUAGGUUGGGACCCUGUAAACAAUACAGUGGUGGCAACAAAUGAGUGGUGGGAGAAGAAAAAACUGGAGAAUCCCCAGUAUGAAAAGUUUAGGUACCAGGGGUUAAAGUUUGCUCAUGAAUUAAACACGAUAUUCAAGGGUGUGAUAGCAUCUGGAGAGGAUAUGUUGGCACCGUCUUUAACCCAACCUCAGACACAAGAGGAUGAUGAAGAGAAUGUGUAUAGAGUUGAUACAGAUCUCCUUGAAGGAUCGGGGGAUAGCGAAGAAGAUCUUGGAGGUGCUAGUGUAGGAGUUACGGAUGAGAUGGCAGGCGUAAACUUAACAGCAAAUACUGCAUCUAGUGGUUCAGGAAGCCAUGGGAAGAGGAAGAGAGGUGAAGGGUCUAGCAGGCAAACAAAGCAAAAACUUCCAGCCUCAAGACAAAUAGCGGAUUCAGUUAGUGAAAUAGCUACUGCAUCUAAGGAUAGAGCUGCAACUCUUAAGAAAAUAAAAGAGGUAUCAAUUUCUGAGGUUACGGCCGAAGUGCUCUGCCUUGAGGAAAUUACAAGUGACUCUGAUUUCCGGAACCGGUGCUUAAGACUUCUGUUGCACAAGAGUGUUCGGGAAAUGGUUGUUUCACUAAAAGGACAGCCGGAAUACUUGGUUGCAUGGCUACAGGAUAUGGCAUACAAUCCACCAUCAUGGCUGAAACCCCCGCCUGCUUGA